AUGUCCAAGAAGGAUGUGGCGUGUUUCUGGAUCGUACUGCUCCUGUGCCAAGAGCUAUGGACCGACCCGAUCGCAGAGAUGGGACCAUCCUCCGGCAUCCUGAUUCAAGAGACACCAGGGUUCAUCUUAACAGAGAAGAGGAUCCUGACCCGACGUGUGUUCGUCAGCUUGGACCCCAAGAUUUCCAUCGAGGAGGCAUACAACAUUUCAUCGAUGCAGCUUCCUGAGUUACAGACUUGGUACCAGAUGCACCUCCAAAGAGCACAGGACCGUGUGCGAAACAUCUUGGAGCAAGCCCGGAAACCAUUUGUAUCCAGUUCUAUUCCGAUGAGCAACCAACCUAAAAGGUUCCUCACCGCUAUAAUUGUUGCAUUAGUUUGUGCCACUGUCGGUGCAGUUGUCGCAACUGGAAUGUAUUACUGUCCAAAAGCUGGAUAUGGAAAUCUAUGCGCUAAAGCAACACAUUAG